AAAAUGAGUGGAUUUUUUUAAUUAGCGGUCAUUUUCCACGAGCGCAAUAUGAAUCAGAAUGUCGUGACAUCGCCAACUACUGGUCUGGCAUAUAUAUUACAGCAUUUUUAAUAUAAAGGAAGAAUCAUGAAGAAACUUCUGGAUACAUCUUUCUUCACUUGAGCUUGUUUUAUUUUGAUAACAAGCUGAUGUCUGAGGAAUCCAAAACAGUGAAUGCCCAAAGCUUUUCUCUCACAUUCUUACAGGGGCUGCCGACUUAAAGAAUGAAAAAAAAAAUAAAUAAAGGCAAUAAACGUGGAUACAAUUUUAAAUUGGGCGAUUGAACUAAACAUUUUAGAUUUUGCUAUUGUAAAAAGUGGCUAUCAUUCAUGCCACAAAAAAGAAAAAAGAGUGAACAGCAUUAUUCUCCCUUGCAUUGUCCCCCCAACUUAAAGAUAGGAAGCAAAACAACCCACCAAAGUGAUUUGGAGCAAACAACUUAAUUGCUUUGUUGUGCUAACAUCAUACUCGACUGUUAAUGGAUUAAAUUGUCUGUAGUCAUGAACGUGAGUGUCAAUGCGUGUGUGUCUCAAGUGCCCUGUGAUCGACUUACGACUAGUCCAGCGCGCCACCCGCCCAAAGUCAGCUGGGACAGACUCAGCUCACCAGUGACCCUAUUAACACUUCUGUAAGCGCCAUAGAAAUCGGAUGGACGGAUGUUCUGGUGUCACUGUAGCCUAAAUGAAGAGACAAAAGCCCAACCUGCUAGAAUGCAGCAUCAAUUGGCCUGUCACACUGUCCUCAACAAAGCCUUGUAUGGAACUGUAAUGCACUGGAACUCUCCUCUUUGUGAAGAGCUUUUAACAGUACGGUGCUGAUUCAGGGCUGUUGUCAGUGGACAAGGAGAGACGGCGUGGAAGGACAUACAGUAAACAAGCAGAAGAGUCGAGAAGGAGGCGCCGUGUACGAGGACUGGGAAGGAAGUGCACCAGCACUUGCAUGAGUCCAAUCCUGCCCCACCUGUCAGAGCUCGCCUCCCAUUUUAUUCACUCCUUGACCCCGUUCCUGUCCGGAGCCAUGCAUCCUCAGCGUCCUCUUCCCCAGGCCAUGCCUGCAUCUUCGUCUUCCUCAUCCUCUCUAGGGCAGCAGCUGCGAGAAAUGGCCAUGGGUCUCGGUCGCGGAAAGAACUUGCUCGGAGGGAACGCAGCCUACGGAUUUGUGCAGUCGCUGAAGGAGUGCCUUUACUUUCUGCUUUGCUGCUGGUGCAUCAAGGAGAUACUGGACUAGAACAAAGUUGAUGGAGUCGGAACGGUGCAGUUGGAGUGAUUUUUGUCUUUUGCUAUUUAAACAGAGGCAAGGGAUGCUUCAAAAA